AUGCAGUCACUUAAAGGGCGGCGCGACCGAGCGUCUGCCAUUCCCAUGUCUAAAAGACCGGCCAAGUUAGCGCGCGAUGGCCCAAGACAAAUGGGCUCGACUGAAGAUGCGGAAUUGGAAUUUGGCGAGGGUUGUAAUUGGAAAUGGAAGAAUGGAACAAAGCUGCGGCUCACAGGACGCUUAUCCGUCUCUGGGAAGAAGGAGCUCCGUGAGCCGAUGGGCGCUGGAAACGACCCUAUUCGUGAGUGGUCUCCAGUGCAGGGUUUGACAUCUGUCGCCUCCGCUUCCGCGCUUCAACCAUCCAGUCCCAGUACCGAACCGAAUGCACGAUCUGUCAUGUCAGUCUCCAUAUCCAUCUUUGUUUGGCCCCCGCCGUUCCGUGCGGAGAAGCUGUCGAGAGCCGGCCGAUCCACUGGUUCAUCGGUCAAGUCAAGUCGCGUGGCAUGGCAUCACGUCUUGUCUGUCCAUCUGAACAUCGCUGUCGCUCGUUGA